CUCUCUUAUCCGCCGACGCCGCGAAGAUCCCCGUCCAGCCCAGCCGCUGAACCAGAGAACCGGAAGCCAUGGCGGCCACGCCGACCACCACGUUCCCCAGCCUCCUCGCCCCGGGCCCACCGCACCCCGCCGCGCGCCCUUCUUUCUCCACCCUCCGCACUCCCUCCAUCUCCCUCUCCCUCUCUUAUUCCCUCCCCGGCCGCCUCCACCGCCAACGCCUCGCCGCCUUUUCCAGGGACACCACCAGCAACAAGGGGCAGGAGCAGGAGCAGGAGCCCGCACCGUCCGCGGGGGCGGCGGAGGCUGCGGACGGGGGAGCGGAGAAGAGCACGGAGGCGGAGGGCGCGUCGCCCGGGGAGAAGAGCCCGGAGGCGGUGGCGGCGGAGCUGAAGGAGGUGCUGCGGGCGCGGAAGGAGUCGGAGACCGCCGAGGGCGGGGGCGGGUGGUGGGCGGGCGUGGCGCAGGAGAUGUCGGAGAUCGAGUGGCCCGCGCCAAGGAAGGUGGUGGGCACCACCGGCGUCGUGCUUGGCGUCAUCGCGGGCUCCACCGUCGCGCUGCUCUCCGUCAACGCGCUCCUCGCCGAGCUCUCCGACCGCGUCUUCGCCGGCCGCGGACUCCAGGACUUCUUCGGCUGACGACGGCGGCGUCAGGUUUUCUUGAUGAUGCGGAUAGGCGUAUGUGGUUCGUGUACUCUGUAACUACUGUUUUCUUGCGAUUGGGAAAUACUAGAGGCUGCUAGGGUGAUAGAUCAGGUGUUGGGGGCUCAAAUUAUGUAUGUUUUUUUUUCAAUUAACAAGGAAAAAAAUGAUGAGUUUGUUGCGAAAAUUGUGAUGUUGCUGAUCGGUGAAUGGCACCACCUUGUUGCUGAUUCAGAAAACUAGUCUGAGUCUCUAUACAGUGGUGAGGUAACUACAUGCUAACAGAUUACUACUAGUUUAUAUCUUAA